AAAACUCAUAAUGCCAAAAUGAUGACAAGCUUAACGUUUAAACGCGCUGUGUUGACUGGAAUUACAUUCAUAAGCCUUUCAGAAUUCUAUUUAACUAUAGUUGGAGCAGCAAUAACUGAAAGUGCGUUCAACCGACUUGUGAAAAGGGUUAACAAACUCUCAAAUGCUGUUGUAGAACAACAAAACGAUCUUAAGGACCAGGCUUCUGAAAUAGCUAAUUUGGAGAGAAACGCCAUCAAGCAGAAAAUACUAAUUGAAAAAUUGAACAAAAUUUGUAAUGAAAAAUGUAGAGUUGUUGAAGGUCAGAAGGGAGAAAGGGGUUUCCGAGGAAAGCGUGGAUAUCCAGGGAAAACAGGGCUCAAUGGAAACGCAGGUGUUAAUGGUACACAAGGGCCUAUUGGAUUUCCCGGGGUAAAAGGUGAUCAAGGUGAUCGAGGGUCUACAGGAGCAAUAGGUCCACCGGGGCAAAAGGGUGCAAAAGGUGAUCGAGGGCCUACUGGGCCAAAAGGUGACCUAGGGUAUACAGGAGCAACAGGUCUACCGGGGCAAAAAGGUACAAAAAGUGAUCGAGGGUCUACAGGAGCAACAGGUCCACCGGGGCAAAAGGGUGCAAAGGGUGACCGAGGGUCUACUGGGCCAAAAGGUGACAAAGGGUCUACAGGAGCAAUAGGUUUACCGGGGCAAACAGGUACAAAAGGUGAUCGAGGGUCUACAGGAGCAAUAGGUCCACCGGGGCAAAAGGGUGCAAAAGGUGAUCGAGGGCCUACUGGGCCAAAAGGUGACCAAGGGUCUACAGGAGCAACAGGUCUACCGGGGCAAAAAGGUACAAAAGGUGAUCGAGGGUCUACAGGAGCAACAGGUCCAUCGGGGCAAAAGGGUGCAAAAGGUGAUCGAGGGCCUACUGGGCCAAAGGGUGACCAAGGGUCUACAGGAGCAACAAGUCUACCGGGGCAAAAUGGUGCAAAAGGUGAUCGAGGGCCUUCUGGGCCUAAAGGUGACCAAGGGUCUACAGGAGCAACAGGUCCACAAGGGCAAAAAGGUCAAAAGGGUGAAAAAGGAAACUUCGAUGAUAGU